CAAACCCCUGAGCUCCGAGCACGCUGGGUUUGAAAAUUUGGUACUGUCUGUAUGAUUUGACACAGAGUAGCGUCUGACAUCUUGAAAGCAGGAUACCAGUUUUCGCCAAAUCUUACCGGGCGAGAUUCGGGGCUAAUGUUCAAGUUUUUCAAGAAGCAACCCCCGAAGGAGGGUGAAGGGAGAGAAAGAUUAAAGAAAGAGCUCUUUGAUUAUAGGAAGUGUGUGGAUCAUGGAUUUCCAAGCAAACCCAGUGCCCUGGCAUAUGACCCAAAGCUUAAUUUGUUGGCAAUUGGAACCAAGUCCGGGGCAGUGAAGAUAUAUGGUGCUCCAGGUGUGGAAUUUGGUGGAUUACAUGAAAAUGAUGUUUCAGUUGUUCAGAUGUUCUUUCUGCAGGAGCAGGGUCGUGUGGUCAGUGUGUGCAGUGACAAUUCACUUCAUUUGUGGGAAGUCAACCUACACAAUGGAAAGUCUGUGCUGGAUGAGGUCAAAGAAUACGUGCUUCCAGAAAGCAAACAGACAAAGGUAUCUACUAGCUGUCUGUCUCUGGAUGGCGACCAGGUUCUUUUGGGAACAGAAGGUGGCAGCAUAUAUAUGCUGGACAUUGCUUCCUUCUCUCUUCUCGACCAGUUUAUACAUCAGGAUGUAGUCAUGCAAAAUGUUCCUGAUGACUUCAAAGUAAAUCCAGGAGCUGUAGAGGCUAUUGCAGUACAUCCAACAAAUCCAAAUAAGUUUCUUAUUGGCUACAAUCGUGGACUAAUUGUGUUGUGGGACAACAAGGAGAGCAAUGCUGACAAGACAUACAACGCAACACAGCAACUCGAAUGUCUUUCCUGGAACAGAAAUGGUGAUGAAUUCAUGAGUGCUCAUCAAGAUGGUAGUUUCAUUACCUGGAGCACAUCUGACCAGAAAAAACCAAAAGAACCAGCUACUACACCUUAUGGUCCAUUUCCAUGCAAAGCCAUCAACAGACUUCAGUGGAAAACAGCAAAGUCAGACCCUUUCAUCAUCUUUGCUGGUGGCAUGCCCCGUGCCAGUUAUGGAGACCGCCAUACUCUCAGUGUCAUGCAAGGAGAAAACCAUGUUGUGUUCGAUUUCACCUCAAGAGUUGUGGAUUUUAUUGUUAUGUCUCGUGCAGACCAAUGUGAUGCCACAGAUGACAGAACAGAGUAUGAUGAGCCACAUGCCCUGGUUGCUUUGGUAGAAGAGGAGCUUGUAGUUAUUGACCUUGAUACCUGUGAUUGGCCCACUAUCCAACUUCCAUAUCUGGGAAGUAUCCACUCGUCGGCUAUCACUUGCUCACACCAUGUCAGCAAUGUUUCAAAUCAACUGUGGCAGAAGAUCAUUGAUGCAGGACAUGCACAGAACAAACAGUACUCCCAGAGAGAAUGGCCUAUCAAAGGAGGUAAAAGUCUCUCUAAAGACCCAGCCACAAAGGACAUGCUUCUUACAGGACAUGAAGAUGGAACAGUGAGAUUUUGGGAUGCAUCAUCUGUCACACUCCGAUUACUGUACAGACUUGGCACAGUCAGUCUUUUUGCUGAAUCACACAUGCCAGAAAAUAACUCAAAUGGUGCUGAUGAAGAGGAGUGGCCUCCCUUCCGGAAGGUUGGUACAUUUGAUCCAUACAGUGAUGAUCCAAGACUUGGAAUCCAAAAGAUGUCUAUGUGCCCACUUAGUGAGACAUUAGUCAUUGCGGGCACAGCAGGCCAGGUAAUAAUUCUCCAAAUGGAACGAGAAGAUCGUGAGCAGGAAGUGAAGACAACUAAAGUGAACAUAGUUAGUGACAGAGACAGUUUUGUCUGGAAAGGUCAUGAAGCUCUGACUUUGAGAGAAGGUGAUAUCAAAUUUGCAGCAGGUUUCCAGCCAACCUGUGUCAUGCAGUUAUACCCGCCAGCUGCCUGUACAGCCCUUGCUGUCCACUCAGAGUGGCAAAUAGUGGCAGCUGGUACAGCCCAUGGCUUUGGUUUGUUUGACUAUGUACAGAAAAAAGAAGUGUCCACAAGAUGCACACUAAAUGCUACAGAUCUAAUGGGAACAUCAGAAACGCCAAUGUCCAGAAGAAAAUCUUUGAAGAAAUCUUUGAGAGAGUCCUUUAGACGACUUAGGCGUAGGAGAUCAGAGCGGAGGAAUAGAGAUGACAAGACCAAGGAACAGAAAAUCACUGAUACACAACACAUUGAACAGCAUGGAACAGAGGCCACUUCAGAAACAGCGGGAGCAGCCAUUGACUCAAAACCAGUAGAGAGGGUUGUAGAGGCCAGAACAGCUGAUGAUUCCAUGUCUUCAAUGGUCAGAUGUCUGUAUUUUGCAGAUACCUUUGUAGUUACAGGAGGAACACAUAACCCUUCACUUUGGGCUGGUACAAAUGGUGGUCAAGUAUUUAUCUAUAACCUCAGUGUUCCAACAGACAAACGCUCUGCUGAUACAGUUGUGUGUACAUUGGCAAAAGAAAUCAAGUUAAAACACCAUGCACCAGUCAUUAGCCUGGCAGUGAUUGAUGGUAAAGCAAGGGUUCUUCCUGAAGCUUUAGAGGUCCAACAUGAGCGUGCCAAAGCACCAGACAUGGAAAGUGCUCAUUCUGUGGUGAUCAUAUCAGAAGAACAGCUGAAGUCCUUUGCACUGCCUUCUCUGAAGCCCAAGUGGAAGUUCAAACUUACAGCCUUAGAUGGCUCUAGAAUACGGAAAGUGGCUUUUGUCAACUUCAGAAGUAAAAGUGCUGACAAUUACAGUGAGUUUGACAUUGCUUGUCUCAGCAACCUUGGUGAAGUCAGUGUUUAUGGCAUCACAACACUGAGGCAACAGAUGGUUGCUCCUGCCAUCAGGAAAGAAGAUAUCAAUGGCAUUUCUUCAUUUGUAUUCACAAAGGAAGGCCAGGGACUAUACCUCCACUCACCAUCAGAGUUUACAAGAGUAACAUUAUGUCCUCGCUUUGUCAUCGAGCCAAUAUGUAUGCUGGAACUCAAAGAUGGCAUGAGACCUGAACCACAGGCUGAAGCUUUUGAUACAGGAGUGUCAAAGCAGGAAGAUGGAACGGAUGACAGCCAGGAGUAUGACACAAAUGACAUCACACAAGGUCUCUGUGACAGUGCUAGGCCCGACUCCCCAGGCGAUAUCACAGUUGAUAGUGUUAGAGAGAUAGUCACAGAAAAUAAUGAAAAUGUGAAUGACAGCACUACAGUAGUGUCCCAGACCACCAACGUGACCAUCUCAGUGGAAUCUCCCUCCACUCCAGAACUGUCACCACAGUCAGAACAAGCGGACAUUACAGCUUUGAAUAACAGUAGAAAUGUGGACGAUGAUACAAAGGCUGAGAUUGAGAGAAAAGAGCCUAAGGAAGGGAGCAAACAUUUGGUGGACCAGAACCUAACAGACUCAGAUGAUCAAGCAGUAAUCAAGCAAAUGACCAAACAAGUAGACGCCGGGAUUGCAGCAAUGACAGUAACAAGUUUAGAUGCUGUUACUGCUCAGUGACAUAUUGAUGUUAGACUUACAGGACAUCCAUGCAGGCAAACCACCAAGUUUCACAAUAGCAGAGGAGGACAGUGUUUGAGUCAUUUCUCACCAUAUAAUGCAUAUGGCGUACCUAUUGUCUUGUGAUGUUUAGUAAGAUGUUUGUCCUCAGCUGCUUCUGUUAACAGUCAAAGAAGCAUCAUUCCAGGCCUUGCUGCUCCUUUGUUAGUGCAAUGUAGUGUUUGCUUGUUAGAUUGAUUGUCAGUUACUUUGGAAGGGGGGUAAUGUUUUGUGCUCAUCUCAUAGUAGUAGAUUAAUACAACAAAUUGUUUUCAUGGUGUUGUCUCAUUGCAGCCAGCAUUCAGACAGCACUUUUAACUAUUGAUCAUCUGUUCACAACCACAUGCAUGUUUUGCUGUACACUUCUUGGUUAAAUUGUAAACUGUUUACCUGGUAAUCAGUUGUCGGUUUUAAUGAGGAGGAGGAGGAAAGAUUUUUCAGAAACCCAUCCUGGUGUUUUUAACAAUGUAUUAUAGAUACUAUACAAAGAUCACUGCCUAUUGUUCAUAAAUCACAUAGUAUAUAACACCCACAAAAAAAUAUUUUUAAUGUAUUUAAUCUGAAUGCAUUUUGAUAUGAUUCAUUAUACUAAAUAUACUUUUUAAACCAAUUUUAGUGAUAUCUUGGUUAUUUAUUACUAUUGUAACAAUCUUAAUCUACCAUAAGUCAACAUUAAAGGUUGAAUUCUCACAUGCUCAAAUGGUUUUUUUUGCACAUGAGGCCUUGUAAUGUUUCAAAUUUAAACUGGCUCAACUGUUUUGUUACAGAUGCAAUUGGAUUUUUAUAUGGCAUGCUAAUUCCCUUAAUGCACACUUAGCCUCUUUGCAAUAUGUCAUUGUGUUCACCUUUGGUAAUGCAAGUACCAGCAUUUAUGCCUUUGCUUUGAUAAUGACCUGAAUGUAACUUGUUGUGCAGCAGUACAUGCCUUUCACAAUAUGAAACUGGAUGAUGGUUUUCAAACUGUCUGGAACACCUAGGCUUUUUUUUUUUAAAUCAAUUUUUGUUUUUUUUAUCAUGAACAAAUAUUGCAAUAAAUUUGUAUGUGUUUGUGGUAAAAA